AUGUCUGACAUGAGGAUCGUGCUGCUGGGAGGACGACUUCAGGGGAAGAGUUCAUCAGGAAACACCAUCCUGGGCAGACAGGAAUUUGGUACUGCAGGGAGAACAGCUGAGUGUGUGAAGAGAGAAGGAGAAACAGCAGGCAGACACAUCACUGUAGUGGAGGCAUCAGGAUGGUUCAUGAACUACACUGUAGAGCAAACUCCUGAACGUGAUAAAGGAGAGAUUGUCCUCAGUGUGUCUCUGUGUCCUCCAGGACCCCAUGCUCUACUCCUGGUCAUUAGGGCGAGUCAGUCAUUCACAGAGACACACAGAAGAGCAGUGCAGGAACACAUGGAGCUUCUGGGUGAGAGAGCCUGGAGACACAGUAUACUGCUGUUCACCAUAGGGGACUGGCUGGGAGAUGCAAGCAUUGAGCAGCACAUUGAGAGUGAAGGAGAGGCUCUGCAGUGGGUUGUAGAGAAAUGUGGGAACAGGUACCAUGUUGUAGACAAUAAGAAGAGUGAUGGUGGCCAGGUGACAGAGCUGCUGGAGAAGAUAGAAGAGAUGGUGGCAGGAAACAGAGGUCAUCAUGUAGACUUUGAUGCAAAGAUCAUAAAUGGAUUGAUGAAGAGGAAGAAGGAAGAAAAGAGAAGAGCAGAGGAGAGGAAGAUGAAGGUGAAGAAACAGAGAGAGACUCUCAGAUCAUCAGCAGGUGGUGUUCCAAAUAAAUCAGACAUGAGGAUCGUGUUGCUGGGAGGACGAAAUGAUGGGAAGAGUUCAUCAGGAAACAACAUUUUGAGCAGACAGGAGUUUGGUACAUCACAAAGAAUAGCUCAAUGUGUGAAGAAAGAAGGAGAAACAGCAGGCAGACACAUCACUGUAGUGGAGGCACCAGGAUGGUGGAUAAACCCCACAAUAGAGGGAACUGCUGAACGUGAUAAAAGAGAGAUUGUCCUCAGUGUGUCUCUGUGUCCUCCAGGACCCCAUGCUCUACUCCUGGUCAUUAGGGUGAGUGGGGCAUUCACAGAGACAUUCAGAAGAGCAGUGCAGGAACACAUGGAGCUUCUGGGUGAGAGAGUCUGGAGUCACACUAUACUGCUGUUCACCAGAGGAGACUGUCUGGGAGACACAAGCAUUGAGCAGCACAUUGAGAGUGGAGGAGAGGCUCUGCAGUGGGUUGUAGAGAAAUGUGGGAACAGGUACCAUGUUGUAGACAAUAAGAAGAGUGAUGGUGGCCAGGUGACAGAGCUGCUGGACAAGAUAGAAGAGAUGGUGGCAGGAAACAGAGGUCAUCAUGUAGACUUUGAUGCAAAGAUCAUAAAUGGAUUGAUGAAGAGGAAGAAGGAAGAAAAGAGAAGAGCAGAGGAGAGGAAGAUGAAGGUGAAGAAACAGAGAGAGACUCUCAGAUCAUCAGCAGGUGGUGUUCCAUAUAUAUCAGACAUGAGGAUCGUACUGCUGGGAGGAAGAUAUGCAGGGAAGAGUUCAUCAGGAAACACCAUCCUGGGCAGACAGGAAUUUGGUACUGCAGGGAGAACAGCUGAGUGUGUGAAGAGAGAAGGAGAAACAGCAGGCAGACACAUCACUGUAGUGGAGGCGCCAGGAUGGUGGAUGGACCUCACUGUAGAGAAAACUCCUAAACGACCCCAUGCUUUACUCCUGGUCAUUGAUGUGAGCGAGUUGUUAACAGAGACACACAGAAGAGCAGUGCAGGAACACAUGGAGCUUCUGGGUGAGAGAGUCUGGAGUCACACUAUAGUGCUGUUCACCAGAGGGGACUGGCUGGGAGACACAAGCAUUGAGCAGCACAUUGAGAGUGGAGGAGAGGCUCUGCAGUGGGUUGUAGAGAAAUGUGGGAACAGGUACCAUGUUGUAGACAAUGAGAAGAGUGAUGGUGGCCAGGUGACAGAGCUGCUGGACAAGAUAGAAGAGAUGGUGGCAGGAAACAGAGGUCAUCAUGUAGACUUUGAUGCAAAGAUCAUAAAUGGAUUGAUGAAGAGGAAGAAGGAAGAAAAGAGAAGAGCAGAGGAGAGAAAGACGAAGGUGAAGAAACAGAGAGAGACUCUCGGAUCAUCAGCAGGACCCCAUGCUCUACUCCUGGCCAUUGAUGUGAGUCUGACAUUCACAGAGACAGACAGAAGAGCAGUGCAGGAACACAUGGAGCUUCUGGUCUCCUUGGCGGAGGUCUGCACUAUCUGA